UUUUCCUCCAUCGUUGUUAGUAUAUACACAUAGUUCGUGGUGGAAGGGAAAAGUUGCGGCGGCGGCGUCUGGAUUUGCGUUAAAUUUUAUGAUCUUUCACGCCUGAUCCGUCUGAUUCGAAUCUGAUUUCACAGCCAUGUCAACUGGACCUACACAUAAACAUCGUUAUAAAAAUGUAGGAUUAGAUUCACAAGAAUUACGAAGGCGCAGAGAAGAAGAAGGAGUUCAAUUAAGAAAACAAAAACGUGAACAGCAGUUAUCAAAACGUCGCAAUGUCCCUAACAUAGUUGCAGAUGAGGAUAAUGUUACAGCUACAGAUGAAUAUUCACAUCCUACAGCACAAUCGCAAUCUCCUGGUAUUAUAACAUCCGAAAUGGUAGAUGCGCUAUAUAGUCCAAACAUACAAGAUCAAUUGGCUGCAACACAAAAAUUUAGAAAAUUAUUAUCGAGAGAGCCAAAUCCUCCUAUAGAUGAAGUGAUACAAACAGGAAUCGUGCCACAAUUUGUUGAAUUUCUUAAGAAUAAUACAAAUUGCACUCUACAGUUCGAAGCAGCAUGGGCUUUGACAAAUAUAGCGAGCGGUACGUCCCAGCAAACACGUAUCGUAAUAGAUGCAGGAGCCGUUCCUACUUUUAUCUCUUUACUCGGUUCUGAAUACGAAGAUGUACAAGAACAAGCUGUUUGGGCAUUGGGUAACAUUGCAGGAGACAGUCCCGAAUGUAGAGAUCAUGUAUUAGCCAACGGUAUCCUCACUCCGCUCUUACAGGUAUUAUCAAAGGCAACGCGUCUCUCUAUGACCCGCAAUGCGGUAUGGGCAUUAUCCAAUUUGUGUCGAGGAAAAAAUCCGGCACCGGCCUUCGCAAAAGUUGCUCCAUGUCUACCAGUGUUAGCACAUCUUCUCAAUCAUACCGAUUACGAUGUGCUCGCUGAUGCUUGUUGGGCGCUCUCUUACUUGAGCGAUGGUCCGAAUGAUAAAAUCCAAGCCGUUAUUGAUGCCGGUGUUUGCAGACGACUUGUAGAACUUCUUAUGCAUGAACAGAAUAACGUAAUAAGCGCAGCUCUUCGUGCUGUAGGAAAUAUAGUUACCGGAGAUGACGUGCAAACCCAAGUUGUGUUAAAUUGUUCAGCAUUACCAUGUUUAUUGCACCUUUUAAGUUCGCCACGGGAAAGUGUUCGUAAAGAGGCUUGUUGGACAGUCUCUAACAUUACUGCCGGUAAUCCACAGCAGAUACAAGCAGUGAUUGAUGCUAAUAUCUUUCCGGUUUUAAUUGAAAUUUUGAGUAAAGCUGAAUUUAAAACACGUAAAGAAGCAGCAUGGGCAAUUACAAAUGCUACUAGCGGCGGAACACCCGACCAAAUUCGAUACCUCGCGAUGCAAGGAUGUAUUCCACCAUUGUGUGAUCUACUUACUGUCAUGGAUGCCAAAAUUGUUCAGGUCGCUUUGAACGGAUUAGAAAAUAUUUUGCGUUUGGGAGAGCAAGAUGCACCUAUGCACAAUGGUCUUAAUCCUUACGCAGUUCUUAUCGAAGAGUGUUACGGCCUAGACAAGAUAGAGUUCUUACAAUCUCACCAAAAUAUGGAUAUUUAUCAGAAGGCCUUUGAUAUUAUCGAACGAUUCUUUGGAUCCGAGGAAGAGGAUACUAGACUUGUGCCCUCUAUCGAUUCACAAGGGCAGGAAUAUCAAUUCACUGCACCAGAUUCUUCCCAACUACCAGUGCAAGGCUUUGAGUUUUAAUCGACUAAAUACUGAAUAUAAUUUUAAUUCAUUAAGUGUUAUCUCUGUUCUAUGGGGUUUACAGUAUCUCUAAAGCGAUACAUUGACACAAAACAUGGUUUUAUAUAUUUGCCCAUAUAACUUCAGUUUAUUUGUAUCGAAAAAAAGAAUACUAAUAGUAACUCAAGGUGAUCUAUUUCUCAUUUAAAAUUAAAAACAGUAAAAUUUGUAUAGUUUUAAUCUCUUUCUUUUCUGAUUAUUCUGGAUAAACUGUAAUGCGCUGUGUAUAAAUAUAUCUAAAAUUUAUUGUUUUUAAACCUAUGUCAAAUUGCGACAACGUUUGCAUUAAAACUUUGAAACAAUUUGUGUAGGAACACUUAUAGAUUCAUACCUGCAUGUAUUUAGUAUCUGAGAGACAGUUUCAGUUUCGCGAGGCAUAAACGUUUUUAGUGCUUAAGAAUAGAAGUGAAGACAAUGAUCGAGACAAUUUAUCGAGGCAGACUCAUAUCUCGUCCGACUUUUGACUGACAUAAUUACGAAAAAAAAAAUUAAUAAAAAUAAAAACUAGCACUAUUCUGCGAGAUACAAACUGAACGACUGAAGUACGGGACUAUAUAGCCAACACGGACAACGUACGCUACGCGAUACCCACCUUAUUAAACUAGAUAGAAACAUGACCAACUUUUUUACUGUAAAUACGUAUCUCGUAAUUUUAAGGCUAUUCUAUACAGAGUGCCCUUAAAAAGUAAAAUGAUAGUUACAUCUACAAAUAAUGCA